AUGUACUCCGAAGAGCCUUGCAAAGGAAAAGAAGUAUCUGUCAAGUCGGAUAAUAGCUGUACCCUCCUACCCCUAGAAUUCCGGCAAAACAUCAAUGGUGCUCAGCUUCCAGAAGAUGUUGUUUGCAACUUCUUUUCUGAUGUGAAGUGCGAGGAGCCAAUUUUCUACGGAAUGGAAGACCCUGGUCUGUGCAGUUUCAGUGAGCAGGAGUUCCAGAAUCAGACAGUGAGCGUCCAGUGCUAUGAUGGCUCUUUGUAG